CCAUCUAUGGGCCACAAGCAGUACUCGCCAGGUUAGUUCCAAGAAGUCAGUGAUCGAAGGUAGUGGACACCUGCGUCCGUCCAGCACACUUUCGACGUGAGUGAAGACAAGUUUGACAGAGCAGCUGGAGAUAAUGCGCGUGUUCCCAGCAGAGUUUCUUGUUCUUGUUUGACAAGGGAGGGAGGGAGGGAGGGAGGACCUGUGAGCUACGCUGCUGCAGCAACAAAAAACAUAAGCUACAGUAUGUCGAAGUGGCUGAGUGAUGGGGAAGUGCUGGAAGGUCAAGGCAGUGGCGAGGCUGUACUUGUAAGCCCACGACCUCAGAGUCUGUCACCAGGGACCCCCCGACUGAGCAAGGGUCGCAGCCCAGUCGGUUCUCCCACCCUGAAAAAGGCAGCAGCAGCAGCAAGCCCGCAGUCAGAGACCAUGGGGAAGGCCAAGCAGCUGUUUGCGUUGUGCGACAAAGAGGGCAAAGGCUUCAUCACAAAGCGCGACACAGGUAAGUGUGGCACAACGGAAGCCAACUCCUCAUCGUCAAUGUCCACAUCCUUUCCUCAGAGGCUCCAGAUGGAGCUGCCUCUGUCGCCUGAACAGCUAGAGAGCGUUUUUGAGAGUCUGGACCGCCAGUGCAAUGGCUUCGUUACACCACUGGAGUUCAGCGCAGGACUUGGUGAGCUGAUGGGGACAAAAGACACAGUUGAGCAGAGCCAAGAGCUCGCAGGCCAAGAGACAGACCAGGCAGACUGGUCGGAGGAUGCUGCUACAAUAAGACUUAUCGACAUACUGAACGAGCUGGGGAUUGACAAACUCUCUGACAGUCAACAGGAGCUUUGUUCUCUGUGGUGUGAGUUGCAGAGAGAGCAGCCAGAGCUGCUCAAGCUCCUGGAAGGCAUCUUGCUGCAUGCUGUCACACAUCUGCAAGAUUCCAUCAGAGAGAGAGACAGCCUGGAACAAGCGUUGCGCAGACGGGAGAGUGAGCACGAUCAAUUUGUUCGGUCCAUAUAUGAGGAAAUGGAAACCCAAAUCCGAGAGGAACGGGAAAAACGCCUGGCUCAGGAGAGCAUCAAACAAAAGCAGAGAGGCAUACAAAUUGAGGAAGAGUUGAAGUUGCGUGACCACGACUUGGAGAUAACCUUGAGCAGACAGAAACAGCUGGAGAGCAGAAUGCAACAGCUGGUCUACGAACAGGCAAACAUCAAGCAACAGAACCAGGAGCUGCGCAGCCUCAACGUCCAGCUGCGAGAGCGGGCGGAGCGUAGCAGCCGGCAGCUACAGGCUGCCGUGCUUCAGUUGACCCAGCUACAGCUCAGCGCCGCCCAGGAGCAAGUGGACAGACAGCAAAAUGUGACUCAAGUGUCACGAAACAUACAGAAAGAGAAGGAGAGUCUCCUGAGGCAACUUGGUUUGUUGAGGGAUAUGAAUAAAAGACUGCGAGACGACAAAGAUGCCCAGCUGACAAAGAAGAGGAAUCCAAAUAUGGAAGAACAUUUGCAGAAGAGAGGGUCAGUGGUAGGGCACAACUUUCUACCAGUGAAGAGGUUUGUGUGAGAAAGUCUGUGUGGCCCACUGAGGCAGAAAGCCACUAAUUGUGCGUACUCCGCCGAAGCCCGCGCCAUGAGCACGAACCUGGCGCAAAGAAAAAAGCAAACAAUUCAAAGUCAUCAUAUAGAGUCAAUUGCGAAAGUCGGACAGGUAGGGAAGACGCUUGCUUGACUUGAAUGACAAAUUGACGACAGAAGGGAGUCCAAAUUUCCUCCUGAGAAAAGCGCUGAUUGAAUCUGAUGUCACUUUUUAGAGCAGCAUCAACAUGUAUUCAAGGUGGUCUUCCUGGGCAAUUCAGGGGUGGGGAAGAGCUCCUUCAUCCAGCACUACUGCAGAGGACGUUUUGGCAGCGCUACCACCGGUGUCGAUUUCCAGAUGAGGACCGUCACCCUGGGCUCCACCUCCAU